AUGGCUGACUACGAACGCCGACAUCAUGGUCCUAGGGGUGGUCGCAAGAGGCGCCAUAGAGAUGACGAUGAUUAUGACCGGCGCCAGAGGCGCAGGUAUGAAGAGCCAUUGGUUGUCAAGAUCCGAAGACAACUGCUAAGCAUUGCUGAAUCAGCAGCUAGAAGAGUCGAAGAUGAUGCGGUGAACAUUGCGAAGAAUGUGGUAGAUAAUUAUGAGGAUGAAGAACUCAGAAAAACUUUUAUGGACGUGUCCCUUGACAUUGUUCUUGAACAGCCGUUGAAGGUUCCUUUCAUUGCGGCAAUCAUUCUAGUUGCAAACAGCCAUAAAUCAGAGCUCGUAUCCGAUAUUCUUACACGAGCAGGCGAGCUCGUACAGAAAUAUAUUAAUACAGGGGGUUGGCGUGAGGUCAAACUCCUGCUCCGAUUUUUGGGUUGCCUCCAAUGUGUUUUUGAUGGAGAUGGCAUUUUCCCAACCUUGGAGGAUUUGUUCGCACGUGCAGUUGAUCUUCAAACUACAUCCUCCGAAGAUGUACUCGGGUUAGAGCUCGUGAAAAUCAUUCUCUUUACCAUACCAUAUGUAAUGGCAUCUCCAGCGGCUGGCUGCGAAAGCUUAGCAGCUGCUCUUCUUGAAAAGACAGAUAUUAUUGCGUCCACUCCACAUGCACUGGUUGACUUAGUGAACCCCUUCGGACCUGUGGAUGGCAAUCCAGAUGUGCAAAGCAUUAUUAGCUUGCUUCAAAGUCAGCUUCAACAGGAGGCCAGCCGUGGCUGGGAACUUGUCUACAUUUCCGUCUACUCGAACCAGGAAGUUGAGACCGUUCCCCCCACAUCAGAUAUCUCUUCGUCUUUGUUACGGGAUGCCCUUGUCGAUACGAUCAAUAUUCUUGAUUUCAAUCGUAUCGCCACGGCGAAAUAUCUGAUAGAUGUUGAUUGUUACUUCACUCCGCAUACUUUUGUGAAGCGUGCCACCCCUUUUGAUAGAUUACGCGAUAUCUCGGGAAACCGUUCGACCUGGAAGCCAGAGGACGUUGCUGUAGAUGCGGUCUUUUCCCAACUGUUCCAACUCCCUUCACCAGAACAUAAGCUUGUCUAUUAUCAUUCAGUUCUCACUGAAUGUUGCAAAAUUGCACCGGCCGCCAUAGCUCCAAGUUUGGGGCGUGCAAUUCGCUUUCUUUACCGCAGUCUCGAAUCUAUCGAUUUGGAUCUAAGUCACCGGUUCUUGGAUUGGUUUUCUCACCACCUGAGCAAUUUUGGGUUUACGUGGAAAUGGAGCGAAUGGAUUGAUGACCUUGAGCUCCCGUCGGUCCACCCAAAGAUGGCCUUCAUCACUGGGGCCCUUGAUAAAGAAAUUCGGCUAAGUUUUGCGCAACGUAUAAGAGGAACGCUUCCAGAUCCGUAUCAAGACCUGAUACCGGAAGGAAAGGAGAAAGAUACCCCUGAUUUCAAAUACUCAUUGGGGACUACGCCCUAUGCUGCUGAAGGGAGUGAAAUCAUGCAGCUUAUCCGCAGGAAAGCUUCUGAUGAGGAAAUCGAGCCAGCUAUCUCUUCCAUUGAGGAGCAAGCCCAGUCGCUAGGUGUCGAUACCCCAAUGCUACCUUCGACUGACGCAUUUGUUACAGCUAUCUGCUUCGUUGGUUCCAAAUCUUUGUCCCAUGUUUUGUCCUGUAUCGAGCGAAAUAAAGAACGACUAUUGGCGAUCGGGCCAAAAUCCCCUGUGGCACGUCGCCAGAUCAUUACCUCAGUCAUGGAUUAUUGGGCCGAUCAGCCCGGCAUUGGUAUCAACAUAAUCGACAAACUUUUGAAUUAUACAAUCCUGACACCACUCUCUGUCAUUGAAUGGGCGCUAGUGGAUAAGCUGGAGGCGGGGACGAUCCUUGCAAAGACGCACGUUUUCGAGAUGAUAGCGGCCACUGUCGGUAAAGUUACAAACCGUCUACGGCAGAUUGUUGCCGCACGCACCCAAGCAGGCCUGUACGAGCCUCAAUUAAGUGUGUUGGAUGAGACUUUGAAUCGCGAGAAGGCGGAUAUGCAGGCUCUUUUUAAGGUCAUUGAAGACUCAAUCAUCUCAGUCGCAGGGGGAAGCAACGACGAACUAAUGGAAAGAGGUGAUGGGAGCGGCAACUUGCUAGAAGACGGCAUAAUCAGACAUUGGGGCACUCGAUGGCUGAGGGUAUUCCGGCGGAAGGCCGCGGUUGAGGAAUCAUUCAUUGCUGAGGCUAUGGCCUCAGCAUCUCCUGUUGGAACAACAGCUCCUGCAGCUCCCCAGGAAGACGUCAUCGCUGAGAACACCGUGGCAGAUAGAGAUAUGGAUGUGGCUGACACCGAUGGACCUGUUGAGAUUUCCUGA